UCCUCGUCGGAGGCGUCCACGUAUAGCUUCCCACGGAAGGCGACGCUGACAGCAUGUGUAAAGAGGGAGGGUGAGAGGGGGGUGGGGGACGGGAUGAGGAAAAAUGAUGAGGAAAUCGGCGUAGCUGCCCAGGUAAGACACGUCCGGCUCGAUUUUCCCUCUACAGUGACGUCUUUUCCCCCCGCAUUAAAGGCGGAUUGUAGUUUCGAAGCUUGCAAACGAAACCGUGAGAAGAAGAAGAAGAAGAAAAAGAUGACAGCGGUGACCGACGGGCCACAUCCUUAUUAGUCAAAUGCACGAGCCCAUCAAUCUAACGUUUGACUUUCCUCCCCGGUUCACUCCGCCCAAUGGCUUCGGACACUUGUUUACGUCCGUGGGAUUUGUCCGCCUUUUGGAUUUACUCGGUCUCGGAGCGACGCUAAAAGACGUUGGACCGGAAUACUACUAGCUCGUAAAUCUCCCCGUCAGGUCAGCCCGUCCGAGCGCCACAUGAGGGGACGCGCAGUGCGCCCCUCCGCCGCGGUGCUGCUGUGACCCGCAGGGGCCGAUGCUGCGCGGCCGGGGCAUGCUGAAGAGCCGCUGCUGCGUCCUGCUUGGUGACCUGAGGCUGCUCCUGCUCGGGCCGCCUAUGAGCGGGCAAGCCACGCAGAGCCGCGAGCCGGGCGUCGCCGAGCGAGGCACCCCGCCCGCGGCGACUGCCGCCUCGGCCGGGGCCGAGCGAGGACCGGCCGUGCCGGGCUGGGUGGACGCCGCGGAGCUGUCGGCGGCGCUGCGCGGAUGCAGCAGCUCCUCCGACGACUGCUCGAAGGGCAAACUGGAGGAGAGGUUCUCCCUCACCAGCUACACGGAAAGCGGCUUCAGGACGCCCGUGUGCAGGAUCUGCUUCCAGGGACCGGAGCAUGGGGAGCUCUUGAGCCCGUGCCGCUGCAGCGGCUCGGUCCGCUGCACGCAUCAACCCUGCCUCAUCAAGUGGAUCAGCGAGCGGGGUUCCUGGGCCUGCGAGCUCUGCUAUUACAAGUACCAGGUCAUCGCCAUAAGCACAAAGAACCCACUGCAGUGGCAGGCCAUCUCGCUCACGGUGAUCGAGAAAGUGCAGAUCGCGGCGGCCAUCCUGGGCUCCCUCUUCCUGAUGGCCAGCAUCUCCUGGCUGGUGUGGUCCUCGUUCAGCCCGUCAGCGCGCUGGCAGCGCCAAGACCUGCUCUUCCAGAUCUGCUACGGCAUGUACGGCUUCAUGGACGUCGUCUGCAUCGCGCUGAUUGUCCACGAGGGGCCUUCCGUGUUCCGGAUCUUCCACCGCUGGCAGGCCGUCAACCAGCAGUGGAAGGUCCUCAACUACGACAAGUCUAUGGACAACGUGGACCUGAAAGACGUCGCGGCCGACAGGACUCAUCAGCCCGGCCCAGCUUACCAAGCCGGGCUCGGGGUGUCCCCCUCCACCUCCUCGCUGAUGGCCGUCGCCUCCACGGCCGCCGGCUCCACUUCUACCACGGUGGUGGCGGCGGCGGUCGCAGGAGGGCCGGGGGCGGGGGUGAACGCCGACGGCAGCGCGGUGGGCGACCCGCAUUGCCCCUACAACCUUCUGCACCUGCUCAGCCAUCUGAGGCCGUCGGAGCCCCGCGGCCCAGCCAACGGUAACGCGAGAGAGCUGGUCAUGAGAGUCACUACAGUCUGAGAAGUCAGAUGAGGCCUUAUCUCUCAUGUGGAGGGGGCGGAGGAAAGCUCCCAAAGCAGUAAGACUGCUCUGAACUGAUACCGUCUUCUUUGUUUGCAUCAUCGCUGUCCUUCCAUGGAUUGAAUAAAAAUAUAAAUUGGUUCAUUUGCCGAGCUGCCUGGAAAAUUGUUCUUUUGAGGAUUCUAAAUAAGAACGCGCAGACAUCCGACCUUACCAUAAUGUUUGCUCAUUCAAUCCGUCUCGGUUCCUUAGCCUAGAAGGGGUUUCUGAGUAAAUCUCACCACGAGGUGCUUUGAGGAUUCUCACAUUUCACAAAAUAAACCCAAAACUUCAUGCAGUGAAGAAAAUAAGUAUUUGAACACCCUGCUAUAUUGCAAGUUCUCCCACUUAGAAAUCAUGGAGGGGUCUGAAAUUUUC